GAAAUCGAAAACAAUUUCUAGGUGAUCUUGUUGCUCUGCGGCUUGUGGAAAGAAAACAAGCCCACCGCCAGACACUAGUCGUCCAGUCGUCAGCCAGGCAGCCAGCAGCAACGUUUGUUUAUUGUUACCUAAUAUGACAAUAAUAAAAACUAACUAAGACCCACCAAGAGCAGCAAAAACGUGCUUUAUCUAAAUUAGCCAGAGUGCAUAGCGGCAGCCCCAUAGUAGAAUAGUAGCGAAAGAGAGAGAGAGAGAGAGCAGCUAAGCAAGAGCAGAGCACAAAAAAUUUUCCAUACAGCCAGCCAAUUGUAAAUUUUUCGUAAUAAAUAGUCCUGAGCAAACAACAACCAAAUCAGUCAACGAGUGCAAACUCAGUCAGUCAGUAAACACCGCCGCCAUGAACUCUACUAUCGGUCUUAGUGUCGGACGUGCGGCCACCAAUGGCUGUGUAGCGGCUGCUCUGAAUGGAGCCACCACCACUUGUCAUUCGGCUGCCUCGAUAUCCUCCAGUGCCAGCGUGGGACAACAGUCCAAGAGUAAAUGUGCAGAUCUGGCCGCCAAGAUUAUCCAGCAAUCGCACAUUGUUUGCUUCGAUGUUGACUCCACCUUGAUAUGUGAAGAAGGUAUCGAUGAAUUGGCCGAUUUCUGUGGCAAAGGAUCCGAGGUGGCCCGCGUUACCAAAGAGGCCAUGGGUGGCACCAUGACCUUCCAGGAUGCCCUCAAGAUACGCCUUGACAUCAUUAGGCCCAGCCAGCAGCAAAUUUACGAUUUUCUCAAGAUGAGACCCUGCACCCUGACGCGUAAUGUAAAGCGUUUCGUGGAACACCUCAAGGCUGAGGGCAAACAGGUGUAUUUGAUUUCGGGAGGCUUCCAUUGCCUCAUUGAACCUUUGGCCAUUGAGUUGGGCAUACCACUCUCGCACAUAUAUGCCAAUAAACUGAUGUUCUUCUGUAAUGGUGAAUAUGCUGCCUUCGAUGCGGACCAACCCACUUCGCGUUCAGGAGGCAAAGCCGUGGCUAUAACAAUGAUACGCAAGCAAUACGAAGCCGAUACCAUUGUAACAAUGAUCGGUGAUGGCGCCACAGAUUUAGAGGCAGUGCCACCAGCCAAUUACUUUGUUGGUUUUGGCGGCAAUGUCCUGCGUCCCGAGGUGCACAAGCGUGCUCAGUAUUACGUAACAGACUUUGAGCAGUUAAUGUAAAUACGAACGAUGCCAUCAUCCUUCAUAGGUGGCAUUUCGUCCUCACCCCACCAUCCCCCCUCCCAAUCAACUAUGGCAAUAGGAAGAACAGCAGCAACAUAUUAGCAAAUUCUAUAAACCAAAAACGGCUUUUGUUUGUUUUUCCUACUCCAUGUGUAAAUAUUUUAUUAUUUAUAUUUGUAAGUUUUAAUAAUUAUAUUGUGUAUAUGUUUUGUAUUAGUGAAAAUUAUUUAAGGAAAAAAGUGGUUGUUUUCUUGUUCAGACAUGAAUUCAAUGUGAAUGUGAGAUAUAGCAAUAAUAGUACGUACAUGCGUUUAUAGUCAUGGAGUGUAAUUAAAUAAAAACCAAACAAAAAGAAAAACGAAACUAAUGAAUGAAGAUAUAAAAGAAACAAGAA